UCAAACUAAAUAAACAGUGAUCGACAUCGUAAAUUCUUACCUGACAAAACAACACAAUUCUCUCUCUUCUCACGUUCCCUUCCUCUGUAAUCUGCAGCUCGUUUCAGUGCUCUUUUCAAAUCUCUUCUUAGGGUUUUAAUUUAGAAUCGUCAAAGAGAGUUAUCUUCAUUUUUUUUCAUCCUUUUUUUUUUCUUUCAAAUUUUAGAGAUUAUCUGGAAGAUGAACUGAUUAAUUUCAGAGAAAAUUACAAACAAUGGAAUCUCCUGUUGUAGCUGUCAAUGUCAAAGAAAACAAGCUAUUAAAAGGGGCUUUUGCCGUCGCCGGAAUCAUGGUUACUCUCGUAAUCUAUGGUCUUUUGCAGGAAAAGAUCAUGAGAAUACCAUAUGGACCAGACAAAGAAUAUUUCAAAUACUCUUUGUUUUUGGUCUUCUGCAAUCGUCUUACGACCUCAGCUGUAUCUGCGGUUUCUCUACUGGCGAGUAAGAAAGCUUUGGACCCUGUUGCCCCUGUUUAUAAGUACUGCUUGGUCUCUGUAUCAAAUAUUCUAACCACAACAUGCCAGUAUGAGGCCCUUAAAUAUGUCAGUUUUCCUGUCCAGACUCUUGCAAAAUGUGCCAAAAUGAUACCGGUCAUGGUUUGGGGUACUUUAAUUAUGCAGAAAAGAUACAAGGGGCUUGAUUAUAUGUGGGCUGUCCUUGUAACCAUUGGGUGUUCUGUAUUUAUUCUCUACCCAGCAGGAGAUGAUAUCAGCCCCUACAAGAAUGGGAAAGAGAGCACAGUAUGGGGUAUGUCCCUCAUGCUUGGUUAUCUUGGAUUUGAUGGCUUCACAAGCACAUUCCAAGACAAAUUAUUUAAAGGCUACAAUAUGGAGAUACACAACCAAAUAUUCUAUACAACAGUGUGUUCUUGUGUGCUAAGCUUGACUGGACUUGUUUUGCAGGGGCAACUUCUAUCAGCUGUAGAUUUUAUAUAUAGGCACAGUGAUUGUUUGUACGAUAUUGCAUUACUUUCUACUGUAGCUACAGCUAGUCAGUUCUUCAUUUCUUAUACAAUACGGACUUUUGGUGCUCUCACUUUUGCAACCGUAAUGACCACACGACAGCUUAUCAGCAUCCUAUUCUCGUGCUUGUGGUUUACUCAUCCUCUAAGUCCAUUACAAUGGGUUGGAGCAGUUAUUGUCUUUGGUUCACUUUAUGCGAAAACCUUCUUGAGGAGCAACACGCAGAAACCCCCACCUCCAGCAGACGUGGAAGAUAAAGAGUUGAAUCCGUUAAAAGGAAACCCGUAAGUUACAGGCAAUUUCUCAAUCAAUGUUCAGCUCCAUGUCGAGGUUGCCAAGUGUCCUCUUCAUCAAAGAGCUUGAACGCAACGUUUAUAGAGAGGUGGCCUUAUUUUUUCGGGUGAAAGCGAAUGGGAUAGUUUGGUAGAAGUAGGAAACAUGAGCAGUUGAUAGUAAUUUUGCUCUUCAAUCCCAUAUUUUCAUACAGGGAAAGAGGAACAGGCUAACUCAAUGUUAGAGCCAGACAACCAUCAUGUAUUGCAAUUUGCAACAGUGAAAGCAAUAUUGUCCUGAUGUUUCUUGGCAAUUUAGCUAAUUUAAGUGGAAUUCUCUCUUUUUGGCCUA